GCGCCCGGCGGCGGCUGCGUCAGGUGAGGGUGAAGGUGAGGGAGGGUGAAACCCCCACCCUGGGCUGUGUUUGCCCUCCCUCCGUGUCCCCUCAGGUCUCCAUGGAGCCAGCCCCUCCUCCCCACAGCCCCUGGGGCCUCUCGGCCUUGGUGGCGGCGUCUCAGGUGCUGGGCCUGUCGCUGUUGGCCACCACGGGCGCCUGGCUGGGCCGCUACCGGGGCGGCGUGGCCUGGCACAGCCCGCUGCAGUUCAACGCCCACCCUCUCUGCAUGGUGCUGGGCAUGGUGUUCCUCCAGGCUGACGCUCUCCUGGUGUAUCGGGUGCUGAGGCGGGAAGCCAAGCGCUCCACCAAGGCUCUGCACGCCCUGCUGCAUGGGCUGGCCCUGCUCUUCGCCCUCGUGGGCAUCGUCGCUGUGUUUGAGUCGCACCGGGCCAAGGGCAUCCCCGACAUGUACAGCCUGCACAGCUGGUGUGGGAUGGCUGCCUUCCUGCUCUACCUGCUGCAGUGGCUCCUCGGCUGUGGUUUCUUCUUGUUCCCUGGUGCUUCUUUCUCUCUCCGUGGCCGGUACAAACCCCUGCACAUCUUCUUUGGCAUCGCCCUCUUUGCCCUCUCCAUUGGCACCUGCUUGCUGGGCAUCACCGAGAUGCUUCUCUUCAACAUCAGUGACUCCUACAGCAGCUUUGUGCCCGAGGGGGUCCUGGCCAACACCUUGGGGGUGCUGCUGGUGGCUUUUGGGCUGGUGGUGGGCUACGUGCUGACACGGGACGACUGGAAGCGCCCGCAGCUAGCUGAGGAGAUGGCUCUGUCCAUGGACUUCAAGACCCUGACAGAGGGGGACAGCCCUCUGAGCAGCAGCCACUGAUGUCCCCCAGCUCCCACAGGCUCCUCACGGUGCUGGUGGGAUGUUCCUGUGUACCCUGUGCCUUUGGGGUUCUCUGUGGCUCAGGGUGACAAGGACACGCUUGUUGGUGUCACGUUGCCCGUUGGCUUCAGCCUUGCUUGGCCUCCACUUUCCUUGGUGAGCUCACCAGCACUGUGGGCACAGCUGUGCCAGGGGCAGAGGCUGGCAGGGGCAUGAAGGAUGGGGGGGCUCAGGGCAGUGGGAGCCCAAUGGGAACCCCAAAGGCCCUUCUCAGUGCUGGUGGGCAGAGGGGACGCUUGCCAUGGCUGAGAUUUACCCUCCCUGGCAGCCCAGACACUUCAGUGUCUUUGUGUGCAAAGUGUUUUCCCCUUCUCCCAUGGUGUUGUCUGCUCAGUGGAUGCUCCUGACUCAAUAAAUGUUUGCAGUUAA